CCUUAAAGUUAAGGACUUGUGUAGAGUUGGAUUUAGACUUCUCUCUCUUUGAACAAUAGGAAACACUUUUUUUUCCUUUUCUUUCUUUGUGCUGUGCUGUAAAUGCAAGAAUUGUUGUUGAGUUUUACCGUGAACUUCUCUUGGUGAUGGGGAAGAAAGGAAGUAGUAGUAGUAGUUCAUGGUUGACUGCAGUCAAAAGAGCAUUCAGAUCUCCAACAAAGGACACUGAAAACAAAAGAAGCAAUAGGAGAAGAAGUGAAGAAAGCUUUGAUCAAGAAGAAGAAGAAGAGAAGAAGAGAGAAAAGAAAAGAUGGAUUUUUAGAAAAGCUGUGAAUCAUGAAAGCAACAACAAUAACAACACUAAUCAACAAAACACAACAAAGUUGAAGCAUAAUCAUAAUCAUGAUGUGGCUACAGCAGCAACAACAGCUACUACUAAUAAUUGUUCUACAGCAACAACAAGUGGAGGAUCAAGAAGUGAACAAGAUCAAAAGCAUGCUCUUGCAGUUGCUGUGGCAACAGCUGAAGCUGCCAUGGCAACUGCUCAAGCUGCAGUUGAAGCUGCAAGGUUGAAUAACCCCAGUAAUAAUACUACUAACAGUAAUAAUAAUGGUGCUGCUAAUCACCACCAUCAUCAUGCUAGGGUGCAUUAUUCUGCUAUAGUGAUUCAAACAGCUUUUAGAGGAUACUUGGCAAGAAGAGCACUAAGAGCAUUGAAAGGGUUGGUGAAAUUGCAAGCAUUGGUAAGAGGACACAAUGUAAGAAAACAAGCAAAGAUGACACUAAGGUGCAUGCAGGCACUUGUUAGGGUGCAAGCAAGGGUUCUUGAUCAGAGAAUAAGGUCUUCAUCACAUGAUGGAAGCAGAAAAUCCACAUUCAGUGACACUGCUAGUGUUUGGGAUCAUUCCCGGUACCUUCAGGAUAUUUCUGAUAGAAAAUCACUAUCAAGAGAAGGAAGCAGCAUUGCAGAUGAUUGGGAUGAACGUCCUCACACAGUUGAAGAAGUGAAGGCAAUGUUGCAACAGAGAAAGGAAGCUGCCAUAAAAAGGGACAAGUCCUUAACUCAAGCUUUUUCCCAGCAGAUAUGGAGGAAUGGAAGGAAAUCGUCAAUUGGAAACGAAGAUGAGCUUGAAGAGAGGCCUAAAUGGCUUGACCGAUGGAUGGCCACGAAGCCUUGGGAGACAAGGGGAAGAGCUUCAACUGACCAAAGAGAUCCAAUUAAGACAGUAGAAAUAGACACCUCGCAGCCUUACUCGUACCUUGGAACCAAUUACAGGAGAUCACAUCCAAACUAUCAAUAUAACCCUCACCACCAUCAACCUCAAAGGCAUUCCAUCGCUUCACCGCUCCAUAGAACACACCAAAAUGGAUCCCUUCACCCCUCCACUGCAACACCAUCCCCGGCAAAAUCUAGGUCGAUACAAGUCCGGUCUGCGAGCCCUCGGUGUGUUAGAGAUGAUAGAAGCUACCACACUUCUCAGACACCAAGCUUGAGGUCUAAUUAUCAUUACACCGGUAGCUUGUGUCAAAAUGGCGGACGAGUAGGAACAAGUAGUGGUGGCAGCGGUACAUUGCCUAAUUACAUGGCAGCAACCGAAUCUGCGAAGGCUAGGAUUCGGUCACAGAGUGCACCAAGACAGAGGCCGUCCACACCAGAGAGGGAUAGAGUUGGUAGUGCAAAGAAAAGGCUCUCUUUUCCUGUUCCGCCUGAUCCAUAUAAUGUAGGAAUAGGAUAUGGAAAUUAUGGCCAUAGUUUAAGGAGUCCAAGUUUUAAGAGUGUGAGUGCUUCACAUUUUGGGUUAGAGCAACAAUCCAAUUACUCUUCUUGCUGCACUGAGAGUCUUGGUGGUGAAGUUUCUCCUUCAUCAACUAGUGAUCUUAGAAGGUGGUUGAGGUAAAUUUGUUACAAAGUCUUAGAAUAUGACCAAAUGGUUUGGGAUUCAAUUCUUCUAUCCAAUUUUAUUGUGUCUAGAGAAAUGUUUUGUGUGAGAAAGGAAAAUGUUUUGUGUAUUCAUUUUGUCUUGUGCACAAAAUCGACAUAUAUUUCUCUA